AUGCUGUUGUUGUUUUCACCUGCAGCUGCUCAAGUGCCAACGAGCCCAGCUCCCGCUCCCCCUCCUCCUGCUGCUGAAUCGUCCUCAACCACCUCUCGCCAAGGCUUCAUCGUCGGAAUUGCUGUGGGGGCCGCAGCGCUGCUGCUGCUGGGCGCUCUUGGCCUCUACCUCUGGUUCCGCUGCUCCUCCAGAGGCAAGCCCGACCCUCAUCCCAUCCCCAGCCAGAUCCACAUGUGCCGGCGCUACUCGCUGCAGCAAGUCAAGAAGGCGACGGGGGGAUGGGCAGAGGCGAACCACAUUGGGACGGGCGGCUACGGGGAGGUGUAUCGGGGGGUGUGCCCGUCUGAUGACUCGGUGGUGUGGGCUGUGAAGCGUGCCAAGAUACUCACGAAUGACUUCAAACGCGAGGUGGAGGAGAUGGCAUCAAAGAGCCAUCCACACUUGGUGCGGCUGCUGGGGUACUGUGUGGACAUGGAUAUGACAACCGAGCACCACGAGCAAAUCGUUAUCUAUGAGUUCUGCUCGAAUGGGGACCUCGAGAAGUAUCUAAAUGGAGGUGCUCGGGAGGGCGAGCUGACGCUGCAGCAGCGCAUGGAUGUGCUGGUGGGGGUGGCACGGGGGUUGGAGUACCUCCACCAGUUCGACAUCGUCCAUCGAGACAUCAAGCCCGCCAACGUGCUGCUCGAUGCGCGCAUGCAGGCGAAGGUGUCAGACUUUGGGCUGGUACGGAUAACGGAAGGCACCACAGUGAAUCCCACCCGAGUGGUCGGCACUCCGGGCUAUGUGGACCCCGCUUACUCGCGCACCAGCAAGGCCACACCCAUGGCUGAUGUCCAUAGCUACGGUGUGCUGCUACUGGAGGUGAUAACGCUGAAGCCGGUCAUCCUAUCGAUCGACGGCGGGCAGUACAACAUCAAGGACUGGGUUCGCCCGUUCGUGGAGGAGAGCAAGGUUCGCCCGUUCGUGGAGGAGAGCAAGGUAGCAGCAUUCAAGGACCCUCUCCUUCCAGAAGCUUCCGACGAUCUCAUCCCCUCCCCCAUUACUUUCCUUCCAUCCAUCCCUUGGCCCACCCAGGUCCGCCCAUUUGUCGAGGAGAGCAAGGUGGCAGCAUUCAAGGACCCCCUCCUUCCAGAAGCUUCCGACGAUCUCAUUCUCACUCUCGCCAAGAUCGGCCUGCAGUGCACCGCCCUCCCCGCCUCCUCUCGACCCAGCAUGUCUGAAAUAUCCCGCAAGCUCGAAACCCUAAGAAAGGACUACUUUCGCAGGAGCAGCGUGGACGGCGACGGCCCAGAUUCUGCUGACGUGGACCAACGGUUGGCUAAGAUUGACCAGGAGCUUGACAGGCGGGCGGAAUCGGGAUUGUCGAUCCAAGCAAAGUUUGUUCGGCUGAAUAUUAUGUCGGAAAGCGGGGAGUAUAUUAAGGAGACUGAGAUUUCUGCUGCUACUGGUGGUUACUCCAAUCGUUCUUCAGGGGUGAUGCUGCUGCAGUCUCAGGAGAUUUCUCAGGAGUUCUGUCAGGAGAUUCCCAGUGGCAGGUGA